UUUCAAUGGAUUUGACAUCAACUUCAUCUGGAAUUGCCCAAAUGCCUGUUGUUGAUAGUUCAGACACACUUGCUGAUAGUUUGCAAUGCUACUCUCCUACUAAAAAAGAAACUUGGGAGUCUCUUGCUUUUAAAUCGGUUGAAGAGGUUGAAAAAUUUUAUGGUGAUUAUGCACUUAAAAGUGGGUUUUCAAUUCGGAUUUUGUUGAAAUCAAGAAACAAUUCACAGAAUCAGCCAACUGAUAAAAUACACUAUCUACGAUAUGGAUGUAACAAACAAGGUUACAAGAAAGGAAGUUUGCUUGAUCCGAAGAACAAGCCAAAAUCAGAGAGUCCGGUUGUGGUUGAAUUUGAGAAAGUAAAAGAAAAACCUGAGGAAAGGGUUGGUUGUACAGCUGCCAUAUUUUUGAAGUUGGAUGAAACUCUGAAUGUCUUUAAGAUAUACAAAUGGGAUGUGCCCCAUUGUCAUCCGUUACAUAAACCGGAACAUGGAUGUUACUUGAGAUCAUUCAGACAAGUCAAUGAAGUGCAAGGACAGCUUGCUGUAAUAAAUUCGAAAGCCGGGAUGUCGAUGAGAACUUCUUAUGAAGUCAUGGGUCAGGGAGUUGGAGGAACAGAUAACUUGCCUUUUCGAUUUUCGGAUUUAAAGAAUUAUCUGAUGACAAAUCGGCAAAAAGAGAUGCUAGUUGGUGAGGCAACCGUGAUUCAAGAUUUUUUUAGAAAUGAAGCUCUGUCGAAACCAUCCUUUUAUUAUGAUAUUCAAGUUGAUGCUGCGGAAGAUAUAGCUAGUAUUUUUUGGGCAGAUGGGAUUAUGCAGCUUGAUUAUGCCUUAUUUGGUGAUGUUAUAAGCUUUGAUACAACUUACCGAACCAAUAAUCAGUAUCGCCCUUUAGCUGCAUUCAUGGGCUUUGACAAUCAUCGUACAAGUGUGUUAUUUGGCGCUGCCCUGUUGUAUGACGAGACUGCAGCAACUUUUGACUGGUUGUUUACAACAUUUUUGAAAUGUAUGUCCAAUAAAAAACCACAAUCGAUAUACACGGAUCAGGCGACUGCAUUGUUGAAGUCAGUUCCAAAUAUUUUUGAAGGUGUUUUUCAUGGACUUUGCUCAUGGCAUAUGGCAGAGAAUGCAAAGAAGAAUCUCGGGUCUCGUGCAAAUAGUGCUUUUUUUGAUGAGUUGAAUAUUUUGAUUUCAAAUGUUGAGACUGAAUCAGAUUUUGAUUACAAUUGGGAUCAGAUGAUGAAAACCUGUUUUGAUGGAAGGCCAACUGCAGACUUUAAGUGGCUUGUUCAAACUUACAGGAAUCGUAUGCAUUGGUCUUCAGCUUGGGUCAAAUCUCAUUUUACUGCUGGUUUGAAAACAACUCAAUUAAACUUUAAGGCUGCAAACACUAGAGCAAAAAACAAUUAUCCCAACAGUCAACUGAUGCGGUCAGUUGUAAACAAAUACACCCCAACUUGCUUUGCAUUCAUUCAUAGGCAGUAUGAUUUUUCUUUCAAAUACUUUUAUGAAGAGGUCACACCCCAAGUUUCUGCAUUUGAUAAGGUUUUCAAAGUUUUUACAAUUGUACAUGUUGAUGAACCUGAGGAAGUAGAUGGUGUUAAUUAUGAUGAUGCUUGUAAUGAUGGGCCUUCAAACCGUGAUGUUUUGGAUGAAGAAGUUGCUGAAAACCUUUCCCCAAACUUUGAAAAGCAUGAUCGACUUGAUGAACGGCUUGUGACAAUUGAUAUUAGGGCCAAACGUAUUAGCUGCACAUGCCGUAUGUUUGAGAACAGGGGUUUCUUGUGUCGACAUGUUUUCAAAAUAUUGGAGUUUUUAGGUGGUUCUGUGCAAUAUCAUGGUUUGAAGACAAUACCUGCAGAAUAUGUGUUAAAGCGUUGGUGUAGAGAUGUGCGUCAGUCUGUUAAAUCUACUAUCAAUGUUGCCACUGAAGGCGCGACUCAAGCACAACGAUAUCAACAAAUUUGUGCUGUUACAGUUAAGCUUUGUACACGUGUUUGUGCAGAUCCUGAGGCUUCUCAAAUUUUUCUUAAUGGUGUUCUUGAAGCUGGGAGAAAGGCAGAGGAGUUGCUUACUUCGAAAGGUAUUCAUACAGUUCAAUCUUCCGUGACGCCAUCUAAGUCAUCUUCCGUUACGCCAUCUAAGUCUUGCAAUACAGCAGCUGUCAGUGAAGCAUCUGAUGCUCAAAAGUCGACUGGUCCAAAGUUCAAAAAAAGACCAAAUCCAAUUAGAUCAAAGAAACGACUUAAAAGUGAUUAUGAAUUGGCUAGAGAACACCAGAAAUUCCUUAUACACCGGAAGAGAAAACAGAGAGGGGCUGAGGAUUUAAAGGGGAAAGAGGCUGCUGAUUGA